GUCUCCAAUCCUUGGCCCAAUUCAGAAGUCCCAUGAGUUCCUCAGAGUACGCCAUGGUUCAGGAAUUAGCUCACCAGGUUUGUGGAAAUAUUUAUAACAAGGAGCUUAUCUUAUCCGUGGAAGAUGCCUUUGUUGAUUUUCUUCAGGAUAAUACGAGUUCAAAAGAGGUGUUGGAGUUGGAACCAAUGAACUCAUAUCAUCGUCAUCUUACACAUCAGCUUGCUGAUAUUUUUGGGUUUUCUCAUCAUUCAGUAGGUGAAGAAAAUAAUCGGCACAUAGUUGUGGAGCGAGGCCCUGAGACAUCGAUCCCUUCUACCCUUGUAAGAGAUUUACUGUUGAAGUAUGGUGAAUUGAAGUUUCUGAAUAAACGGUCUAAAUAUCAAGAAGAUGAAGAUGGUACAGAGGUAGAGAAUCCAGAGACAUUAGCUUCCAAUUUCGCUUGAAGAGAAAGAAGCAUUUUAUUAUUAAAUUUGGAACUAUAAAUGCAGGUUGAGAAGUUAGCUUUCACUGUUAAGGACAAUCUUUCUUGCAAGCACCUUAUUCUAUCUAUGGAAGAGGCCUUCAUUAAUUUUCUUCAGGACGAUACGAGUUCAAAUGGGGUGCUGGAGCUGAAACCUAUGGAUCCAUAUUGUCGCCAUCUUAUACAUCGGCUUUCUGAUAUUUUUGGACUGUCUCAUCAUUCAGAAGGUGAAGGGGAUGAUCGGCACUUAAUUGUGGAGCGAUGCCCUGAGACAUCGAUCCCUCCCGUCCUUGUCAGAGACGUUCUAAGGGAACAUGGUGAAGUGCUAUCUCCAUGGAAUUUUGAAAUACUACCAAGGAAGCAAGAAAGUGCAGGCUCUCCACAGGCAGGGAAUCCAGAGGCAUUCAUUUUCACUUCGCUUGAAGAGAAAGAAGCUGCAUAUCUUGCUGCACGCCAGCGGAUAUUUUCAACUGAUGGAAACACGGCAGGAAGUAUGACAGAGAGGCCAAAGACGGAUCUUGAGGUGGCCCGCAGAAUGAUUGGUCAUGCACUCGGUCAGCAGAUCAGACCGUCUAGCGGAGGCGAAGUCACGGAUGGAGUGAAGGAAGAAGAGGGGACGGAGACGAAAAUGCCCAUGGGCAACACAAGUGCUGGUACUCUGAGUGAAGUAAAGAGUGAGGGCAAGAUGGGAAACGAAGACUUGAUCAAAGAGCAGCAUAUGGGAGCCGCAAAGAGAUUGUUUGCUAAUGCUCUCGGGGUUCCAAGAGAUGGCAAUUUACCCAAACGAAGCAUCGGAUCAAAGCAAACGAAGGCAUUCCGAGUCAAGGAUGAAGAACCAAAUCAAACAAAGGCAUUCGGAGUCAAGGAAGAAGAAGGUACGCUUUCUGAUUGUUAGUAUUAGAUUGAAUGAACUGGUUUUCCAUGAGCGAGUUGUCUUAUUGCACAUAAACAAUCUUUUGAGCUCGCCUAUUAAUGAAACCAAACAGAACUUAUCAGGUGUCCCACUCUUUUUUGUUCACGAACAAGCUCAUUUAGUGUUCUGCUUUCAUGUGCAUGUUGAUUAUCAAUUUGCUUAUUACUCUCUCUGUCCCAGAGUAUCGUCCAAUUUGACUUUUUUUGACUAAAAUUCGGUGAAUUUU